AGUGUGUGGAUGAUUAUUCACACACUCAAACAAAAUCACACCCAUAUAAAAAGGGCAUAAGUCCAAUGAGAGUGAAGAAGAGUGAUGGCUUCUAAUUCUGGUUCUAUCUCCCAAGAGGCUUCAAUGGCCACAGAAAUCUGCACCCAAAUAGCCUCCGUAUUCUCAAAGCCCACGCAUCCACACCCGCCCCCACUGGACCUUUUGGUCACGGAGCUCGCCUCCGUUGCCUCUCAAAAUGGUCGCGUUUUCCUUUACGGGGUGGGCCGCGAGGGCCUCAUGCUCAAGGCUCUCUGCAUGCGCCUCUUCCACCUGGGCCUCUCGGCCCACUUCAUCUUCGACAUGACCACUCCCCCCAUCGCCGCUGCCGACCUCCUCAUCGCCUCCGCCGGGCCCGGAGGUUUCUCCACCGUCGACGCCCUCUGCGCGGUGGCGCGCUCCCACGGCGGAAGGGUGCUGCUCCUUACGGCCCAACCGGAGACCGGGUCGUGCGUGAAACACGCUGACGUUGUGGCUUACGUGGCAGCGCAGACCAUGGCCGAUGAUGCGGACGUUGCAGUGGAUACGAAAUCUCGACCGUUGCUUCCAAUGGGAAGUGUGUACGAAGGGGCGCUGUUUGUUCUGUUUGAAAUGGUUGUUUACAAGUUGGGUGAGGCCUUGGGUGAGAGCCCUGAAGCCGUUCGAUCACGCCACACUAAUCUUGAAUGACAGUUAUAUCAGCCGCUCGAUCAUGCCAUGUGUGUUGCAAUACGAAAAACUGUACGGAGAUAUUACUGUUUAAACACUGGACGAUUCAUCAAGGAUAAAUUGUGUUUAUUUUAAUUAAUUAUCUCAUAGUGUGAUUGUGUUUUGUUUGAUUACAAGUCAGAUACACGUCAUAUUGAUGAAUUCUUCAAGAAAUAAACUAUGAAAAAUAAAGUGUUACUUUCUUAAUGAUUAAA